UCUUUUCCUUUUCUGUCUCUUUUCUUUUUUGUGUUCUGGGGUUUGGGAUUCUUCUUUUGUUGGUUUUGGAGAUAUGAUUCCGAGUAACGGGAAGGGAUCGAUGUCAAUGGCCAGUUCAAGCGCAGCUUGGAAAGCCGGUGACGUCGUUCCAGACCAGUUCCCGGCGGGGCUACGUGUGUUGCUCGUAGAUGAUGACCCCACAUGCCUUGUGAUCUUGGAGAAGAUGCUCAGGGCUUGUCUUUAUGAAGUUACCAAAUGCAAUGGAGCGGAGAUCGCAUUGUCGCUGCUUCGAGAGAACAAAAACGGGUUUGAUAUUGUUAUAAGCGAUGUUCACAUGCCUGACAUGGAUGGAUUCAAACUCCUGGAGUACAUUGAGCUGGAGAUGGACCUGCCUGUAAUCUUGAUGUCAGCAGACGGUGAGAAAAAUGUUGUCAUGAAGGGCGUGACUCAUGGUGCUUGUGAUUACCUAAUCAAACCAGUGCGGAUGGAAGCAUUGAAGAACAUAUGGCAGCAUGUGGUUCGGAAGAGAAGGAAUGAGUGGAGGGAAUUGGAGCAGUCGGCGAUAAUACGAUCGUGUCGUGCAAAGUACUAAAACAAAAAAAAGAAAAAAACAAAAAAGACGGAUGAUUGAUGAAGUUAUGAGACGAGUAUUUUGCGAAGAGUAUAAAGAAAGUUUAUAAUUAAUUUGAAAAUGUUGUAAUGGUUAAUUUGAAAAUUUUAUAUUUAUAUUAUGUUUGGGAAUGAAAUAAAAAUUUUGGGAUGAAA